GGUAAUCCAUGUCCUAUCUGUAGGGAUGAAUACCUAAUUCUACACGAGGAAAACGUUGGCUUGCUGAAGCAAUUCAUAUGUCCUCAUACUGGAAGUAUCUUGAGCUUUAACAAAACUGGAUUGUGCCAGAGAAAACAUCAGGAGCUUUCUAUUUGUAUUAAACGUGCUUAUGAUAAGGGCUUGAUUACAUUUGAUGUUCCAUUCAGAAAGUAUGAUUAUUCUGAAUUCUACACACCACAAGAAUAAAUGAUGGAUCCUAUAUUUGUUGUUAUUGGAGGGGGCAUAGCAGGAGUGACCUGUGUAGAAACUUUAGCCUUUUUUGAGCCAGAAAAAUCAAUUUUGUUAAUCAGUGAAUCAUCACUUAUCAAAACUGUUACCAAUCUACAUGCUAUUACUAAAGUACUCACAGAAUUUGAUAUUGAAGAAGUGCAUACAGAUGACUUUGUUUCCAAACAUCCUAAUGUUUCUGUAAUGCAUGAUACUGUAAUAGAAAUCAAUGAUGAGGAUCAUAUGAUCAAAACACAACUGAACAAAAUUAUCAAAUACCAGUAUUUGUGUAUAUGCACUGGAGCUGAACCCAGAUUGAUCCCCCAAGCAAAUAGUUUCAAAGAAAUAAUUGGUAUUAGGGAUACAGAUUCAAUAGAAUAUUUCAUUGAAAGAAUCAAGGAUGCUAAAAGAGUGAUCAUUGUUGGCAAUGGAGGAAUAGCUUCUGAAUUGGCAUACAAAAUCAAGAACAUAGACAUUCACUGGGUGAUCAAAGAUAAACACAUCUCUGCCACUUUUGUGGACCCAGGUGCUGCUGAAUUUUUUCAACCCAGCCUCAAAAAUCAGCAAACUGAAGAUGAACCUGUCAGUAGAAGGAUGAGAUACAAAGAAGAAGAUUUUUGUAAAUCUGGUGCAGCAUUGGGUCCAGAUUGGUACAGAAAUCUUGUGAUCAGAGGUGCCAGUAAACUGGAAAUUCCAUCUGAAAUCAAAGUACAUUAUGAGUCAGAAAUAACUGAUGUCAUCAAAGUAGAUCACUCAGAGUUUCCUCUAGAAGUUUUGCUCAAUUCUGGGGAGAAAAUCUCUUGCAAUUUGAUCAUUUCUGCUACAGGUGUAAUUGCUAGGAAACAUUUCAACAUGAAGAACCCUCUGGUGCUAUCAGAAAUUGGAGAAAUUCAAGUUAAUGAAUACAUGCAAACAAAUCUGCCUAACAUUUAUGCUGCAGGAGAUGUUUGUUGUGCUAACUGGCCUUUAGCUAAGCACUGGUUCCAAAUGAAGCUUUGGACACAAGCCAGACAGAUGGGGAGUUAUGCUGCAAGAUGUAUCACUGGACAUAUGAACAAGGAGGAAGUAUUACAAGAUUUUUGUUUUGAAAUUUUCACUCACUCCACCAAACUAUUUGGUUAUAAAGUUAUUUUACUUGGUUUGUUCAAUGGACAAAAGUUAGGGAGGAAUUAUGAGAUGCUCAUAAGAAUGACCAAGGGACAUGAAUAUAUCAAGUUUGUUUUGGAGGAUAACCGACUACAAGGUGCUGUUUUGAUAGGUGAAACUGAUUUGGAAGAAAUGGCAGAGAAUUUAAUAUUGAAUCAGAUUGAUUUGUCUUCCUAUGGAGAUGAUAUUUUGAAUCCUGAUAUUGAUAUUGAGGACUAUUUUGAUUGAAUAUUAUGUAUUUUGUUUUAGUAUAGGUGCUAAUUAUUUUCACACAGAUCACUUGUAAACAAUUCCAUUAAAAAUAUACUUAUGGAGUUAUGAUGUGCACAAAAAAUAUAUAUUCAUAUCUAUGGU